AUGCCGCGCCCUGUCUUUUGUCCAGCUUCUCGGACUAAAACGCAUGCGCACAGUGUCUAUCGAUGUGAACAGAAAGAAGUCGCUGUGAUGGAGUGUUUAUCUGCCGAGUUUGAAUCUUGGAGUUUAGCCCAGCCGCCAGAAAGACAGAACGGAAUCGUUCUACUCGACACUGUAGCAACUGGCGAUAGAAUAUCAAUGACAAUGCUCUUGGAUAGCGAGCACGAGUUUUUACUUCAGUGCCCAACUAACUAUCCUUCACAUUCUGAUAAUUUCUUUGUGAACACUUCAUCGUCAACGGCUAAGCUAUGGUGUAAUGCUCUCAAUGAGUAUGUACUUGAUUCACCGGCUCCACUCACAUUACAUCAAAUUUUGAACAAAGCUCUAGAUCUUUAUGGUUCCAAGUUAUCAAUAUCAGCUGCUGCUAUUUCUGUCGAUAGUGAUGACAUGGCAUCAGAUGAUGAAGUUGAUAUGGGGGAGGAUGUUGUGGAUGAUGAUGACGAUGACGACGAUGGCUGCCAUAUGGGCAUGUUGUCUGAUGAUGAAGCUUUCACAACAGAAUGGGAACUAGAGCUGGCAAGGAAAAAAAAAAGAUGGGCAAAGAAGGAAGAAAGUCUUCGCGAUCAGUUAGAAAGAUCACAAGAAGGAAGCAGUACUGCAACUGUCAGACCGACUGGUGAAGAGGCGAAGCAGGCCAAGCAGAUAUUCAGUACAAAUGCAGCAUCAGGGAUUCUCACGAAUGAUCUAAUAAAGAUUAUCGAGACAGAACAGGAAAUUGGAUUCUCUGCCGAGCCUGUGGACGAUAAUAUUUACUGCUGGAAUGUAAAGAUGUUUGAUUUCGACCCAUGCAGCGGCCUGGCUGCUGAUCUUAAAGCUGUGGCUCAAGAGUUUGGUUACAAUCAUAUCCAACUUGAAUUGGAUUUCGCUAUUGACCUUUAUCCCUUCUACCCUCCACAUGUAAAAGUAAUCAGACCUAGACUGCAGGGUGCUAUGAUGCAGAGAGUUACUAAUAUGGAGAUUUUGAAAUUAUCAUUUUGGAAUCCAACCAAAAACAUGUCAAUUGUGCUGACAGAGAUCAAGACAUUUCUUCAGCAGUGGGCAAGGUUAGAAGUGGAAAGUGUUAGAAACAAUCCAUCUCUUCACCCAAGUGGAGCAUACAUUGACAUUGAACACCACCUUCUCAGAUUGGCUUUGGUGAGUGAAGUAAAUCCAAGGGCGAAUCUUCAGUAUGCUAUUGAAGUGCAGAAGGCUCCAAAGUUGAAGUCUAAAGCCAUUGAUCAGUCGGAUAAGGAAGGAAAGAAACCAGAGUAUUGGAAAGCUGGCACUGGCUUUGGUCACCAUAAUAGACCGGGGUGGGAUGUAAAUGCUUAUAUUGCUGCUCAAAAGGAGCGCGACAAGCAAAUUGAACUGGUUUUGUCAAAGAUCUUGACUGAGAUAAGCUCUGUGUACAGUUACGAAGGGGAAGAAGGCAGACAAGAUCCAGGAUUUAGAGAAAAUGUAUUUGAAAUUUUAGAAGGAUCAGCAUUAGUUCCUUUUAUUGAACAUUACUUGAAUAUAGAAUCUUUUCUGGAGAUUGGUCGACAUGCAUCAUUGUACAAAGCUGUUCUAGACAUCAUUGCUGUCCUUGCAUCACAUCCAUUGCUUAUUGCCUUGCUCUGUCCUCUUGCUAACCAGAGAAGAUCAGUUUAUGAUUUGUUGUCAGCUCUAAAGUCACAAGCUGCUUCAAUAUUGAAACAUUUGCAAGGAUCUGCUCAACAUCUGUCAGACGAAGAACAAUUGGCUCAGUCAAUCGUAGAUCUGUUUAACACUGUUGAAAGUAGGUGUGACAAUAGGGCUGUAGCAACACAAGGAGCUUCGUAUCUACUUCAGCUUUCAAGCAAACCAGAAGCUGCUCAAGACAAAGUAGUUAAGAAACCAAUGUCGUUAGAAGAACGAUACAAGCUACACAUUAAAUCGCUGCAGUUUGGCAGUAUGGAGAUUAAAAGACAUCACUACUUGUCUGAAGCUAAGGCAGCGUAUACACCUCCCCAUGCACAGGUGUUCCGGAUAGCACAAGAAUUGUCAUCAUUAGCCACAUCGUUACCAAGGGAAUUAUCGACGUCUGUAUUUGUUAGAACGGAUGACAAUCAAAUCAACUUUAUGAAAGCUCUUAUAACUGGACCAGAAGACACACCAUACAGCAACGGUUGUUUUGAAUUUGAUAUCUACUUUCCUUCUAUUUAUCCAAAAGGUCCACCUAAAGUAAAUUUACAGACGACAGGAGGUGGGACUGUUAGGUUUAAUCCGAAUUUGUACAAUUGUGGAAAAGUCUGUUUGUCACUGUUGGGCACUUGGGAAGGACAGCAAGGAGAAAAAUGGAAUGACACUUCCACCGUUCUACAGGUUCUUGUCUCUAUUCAGUCGUUAAUUCUUGUCAUGGAGCCGUACUUUAAUGAGCCCGGCUAUGAACGAGAGAUUGGUACGAAAGAGGGUGAUAUUCACAACCAAGAGUACAGUGCAGAGGUUCGAGUGAACACUAUACGGCAUGCCAUUAUUGGUCAGCUGAGAAACCCAAGUCCUGGAUUUGAAGAUGCUAUUCGAAUGCAUUUCUACUUGAAGAAGGAACGUGUUCUCAAGGAGUGUGAAAGUUGGUUGUCAGAUGCACGUAAAGGCAGCUCAAAGGUUUAUCACAGCUCGGCUCAUGAACGUGCAAUGGAACGAGCUGUAGCUGAUCUUCGAACAGAACUGUCAAAGCUCAAACCACCUGCGUCAUUAAAAUGACUGUUAGUUCAUCAAUGUCAUCUUGAGUUUUGUUUAUUUUUAGUCAGUUGUUUUAAGUUAUCCUCCAUUGCUACUUGUUUGUAAUUUAUUAGAGACUGUAUUCUAGCACAUCAGUGGAGGACCUCAGAUAGUACAACAGAGUAGCUGAUAGAUUAGUUAUACAACAACUUUAUUGCAGCCGGUGAUAAGUGAAUGUCUUGCAAAACAGACUCUGGUUGCUUUCAACAAAAUGGGACGGAUGGGCUA